AUGGCACCUAAAAACGUCCCCAACGGCAGCGCUAAAGAGCAGCCCAUUGAGGUUUCCGGGUCUAGUCAGCCCGCCGUCGUUGGUAUCAACUUCGGGAACUCGUAUGCUUCCAUCGCGGUCUUGACCAACGAAGGAAACGCUGAGUGCAUUGCCAACGAAGAUGGAGAGCGUCAGAUUGCUUGUGCGAUCUCUUACCAUGGCGAGGAACUGUACAUUGGCAACCAAGCCAAGGCACAGCUUGUUAAAAAUGCGCACAACACCAUCACUGGGUUCCGCAACUUGCUUGGCAAAAAAUUCUCUGACCUCCCCAAAGACGAGAAACCGACCUCCGCCGCCGUAAUCCAACACCCCACUCUCCCCGACACCCCCGCCUACACCGUCCAGGUCACCCAAGCCGCCCCCGCCCCUCUCCCUUCCUCAAAAUCUACUCCUGCCGCCUCUACCACCGCUACCCCCCGUUCCGAACCUCUCGAAACCACCCUCACCCUCACCCCCUCCGAAGUGACCACCAUCUUCCUAAAGUCGCUCAUCGGUUCAGCCUCCGAUUUCCUGGGCAAGAAGAUCGAAGGUGCCGUGAUUGGGUAUCCUGGCUGGUUCGAAGAAGGCCAGGUCGAGGCGUUGAAAGAUGCGGCGGAGAAGGCUGGCGUAAAGGUCUUGCAAUUAUUGGUCGAUGCUGGUGCGGCCGGAGUUACCACCACGGCCGAUAACUCGACCUUCGGCGAUCUCGCGACCAACACGUCCUCUCCCUCCGCCGACCGCACGCAACUCAUCGUCGACCUCGGCUCGGACUCGCUCUCCCUCACUCUGCUGUCCAUCCGCCAGGGCCUGUUCUACCCCCUCGCCGAAUCCUACCACCACGGCAUCGGCGGCACGAGCAUCGACACCAAGCUCGUUAAAUUCCUCGCUAAGGAAUUCACGAAGAAGACCAAAACGCCGCUUGCCGUUGCGCCUUCGACCGAAAAAGGCGACGUCCGCGCCGAAGCGCGUCUCCGCCUCGCCCUAGAGCACACCAAACGCACCAUCUCCGCCUCUCCCUCCGCCGCGACCUGUUCCGUCGAGUCCCUCAAAGACGGCAUGGACUUCACCGGAUCUGUCAACCGUCUGCGCUUCGAUAUGGAGGCUCGCUCGGUGUAUGAUUUCGUCUAUGCGAAGACGGAGGCUCUGUUGAGCGAGGCCGGUGUAGAGUGGAUUGAGCUGGACGAGGUGGUGUAUGUGGGCGGGUCGGCUUCGUUGCCUGGGUUGGACGAGAGACUGAUCAGCCCGAAUGGAGAGGGGAGCGCGGUUGGUGGGUACGAUCCCGAUAGGACGGUCUCGCCGUUCACGAAGGGGACGAUCGUGGGUGGUGGUGUUGGCGAUCCGACGACUAUGAUCAGUAGGGGCUGUGCGAUGCAGGCGAAGUUGAUCAUGCAGGUCUUGGGCAAGGAGGGCGAGAGCAGUGAUGUCGCCAAGGCGUUCACUGACGCUACUACUAGCCAGGGCGAGGGCGCGAAGUGGAGAGAAGUGAAGACGACGAGUCAGAGUUUGGGGUUGUUGUUCCCUGAGGAGGCUGGUGAGGGGGAGAAUGGGCUCGGAGGACAGUGGGUCCGUGUGCUGGCGAAGGAGACAGCGCUUCCCGCGCGGAGGGUCGUUUCGGUCGAAGUCGACCUCGGGGCUGCGGAGGGCGAGAAGAAAGUUGGGUUUGAAGUGUGGCAGGUCAAGGAGGGCGUCAAGACCGAUCAUAUCAAGCCUCCGCCUCUUGAGCGUGAUCCGGAAGACGAAGAUGACGAAGAGCCAGAGGAGGAGGAGGAUAUCGAGGUGAAGGAGAAGACGGUAGAGAAGGAUGAGUUCUUGGUCGCAUUGGAGAUCCCGGCGAAGUUCGCGAAGAAGCAGAAGGGCGGGUGGAGGACGAGGGUGGAGGUGAAGUUGGUCGUUGGUGUGGAUGGGAAAGUGGAGAUCGAGGCCUGUGAAGUGGGUAAGGAAGGGGAGAGGGGGGAGAUAGUGAAGGGGGAAACGCCUGCUUUGUAGAAGGUAGUGUUUCCUGUCCGACGCCUCGUACGGCGCCGAUUAUAGCCAUCACAACUUUUUAUGUAC